AUGGCUGCUCCCAUCGAUUUUCAAAAGACAGAAUUUGCCAAGAUUGUAGAAAACUCUGUUGAAGCGAUUUCAGACGAGUUGCGGGAAAUUAGUUUGAAGAUUCAUGCAAAACCUGAAAUUGGACUCGAAGAAUACUUUGCACAUGAUCUUUUGUCGGAUUAUCUUGAGAAAAAAGGAUUUAAAGUAACGAGGAAAGUGUACGGGUUGAGCACUGCUUUUCGCGCUGAAUACGAAAGCAAGGUCACUGGCGGACGGACUGUGUCUUUUAAUUCAGAGUAUGACGCAUUGCCUGGUAUUGGACAUGGAUGUGGACAUAAUUUGAUUGCGAUUUCUGGUGUUGCUGCUGCUUAUGGUGUAAUGAAUACACUUAAAACCCAAAAUAUUCCUGGAAAAGUUGUGUUAUUUGGGACACCAGCCGAAGAAAAGCAUUUUGGUAAAAUUGAGAUGAUCGAAGCUGGCGCGUAUAAAGAAGUUGAUGUUUCUUUGAUGCUUCAUCCAAUGAGUUUAGAUUUAUUGGAUCCAGUUUAUAUGGCUAUAAGUGACGCGGAAAUUGAAUAUUUUGGAAGACCGGCGCAUGCGGCUUUGAACCCUUGGGACGGUAGGAAUGCGCUUGAUGCUGUAGUUUUGGCUUAUAAUGGACUCUCAAUGCUAAGACAACAAUCGCAAAUCAACAAUAGAAUUAGCAUGCUUAUUACAAAUGGAGGGAAAGUAAUCAAUGUGAUCCACGAAUACGCAUCUCUUAAAGUCCAAAUCCGCUCUGUUAAUGUCUCAGACUUACGAGAAUUAAAAAUCGGGUUGAGAGUUGUCUCAAGUCUGCUGCGGACGCUACUGGAUGCACGUAUAAAGCUGAAUGGACGAAAGAGUGUCAUGCUAGCAAAAAAUUUUAUGAAACACAUGGAAGAUCGUGGUGUAGUUUAUCCUACCGAGAUUUAUCCUCCGGGAGGGUCAACUGAUCAAGGCAAUGUGAGCUAUGAAGUUCCAAGUAUUCAUGCUUUAUACAACAUUGGCACGACGCACAUGAUACAUACACACGAAUUUACAGCAGAAGCCGAAAAAUUAGAAGCUCAUCAUAGAACUAUGCGUGCUGCUAAGUGCUUAGCGUUGACUGGAUUGGAUGUGUUAGUUGAUGACCAGUUGUAUAAGGAAGUUGUCGAAGAAUUUAAGAAAACAAUUGAAGAUCAUAAACCUAAAUGA